GUGAGAGGGUAAAGUUACGACUUUCCCUUCCGAUACUCUGUGAGAGAAGCGAUCCACACAAAGCGGUAAAAGGAGUGAGACUUGAGUGAAGUGAGAACUAUGAACAGACGGCAAAGCAGCGGGACUUUGGUACUCCCUAAACACACUCACUGACGGGAGACAUGCGCUUGCAAUCUGCCAUGUCUGUCGGAACAACUCGAGUCAUGACGUCAGGCGCUGCUCUUGCGAUAACCCUAUUGGUUGUCUUCAUCGCGCCGAAUGUGACGUCACAACCAUACGUCCAACCAAAUGUCCGCACUGCGCGGCCACUCAGCCACUUAGAUACCGCCACGUCACAACCUUCUAGUCAAUCAAGACGCGAGAAUUUCGAAUGGAACACGAGGAGGGUUGGGAACAAAAAGGUCGCAACUAUAUCAAUACGGAAGGACGAGGAGCGCGACCGCCGCAGCGUGCCCCUGGGCGACGUCCGCGCCCCCUUCCACAAGCCGCCCACCGCGAGCGGGGCCGAAGAACUGGCCAAGCCCUCGCACGCCCACCGACACCAUCACGGGGAUGACCAGUGGGGGGCUGAGGGUGGGCGAGGAGGAGAAGGAGGGGGGAGAAGAAGAGUAGAGCAGGAAGAGGACUAUAUCGGCGACGAGAGAAUAGGGGAGGGAUGGGCGGCCAGGGGCGGCGUGGACGUCCCCCCGCGGCAUCUGGUGGCGAGGACGGGGGCCUUACAGCAGCUGCAGGAGGAAGUCUCGGAGGAGGAGGACGAAGAGGAAGAAGAAGAGGACGACGAGGAGGACGAAGAGGGCGAUGACGUGGUCCGGGCGACGUCGCUGGAGGCGUCGUCGCGGUUCCACGAGCUGCUGUACGCCACGGGCAUGCGCGCAGACUCGCUUGUGUUCAGCAACGCGUCGGAGGCGCAGGAGCAGGACGACGGGGGGGCCAGGAAGAGGAGGAAGAGGGGCAAGAGGGGCAAGAAGGUCAAGAGGGAUAGGAAGAGGAGGGGCAGGGAAGGCAAGAAGAAAAGCAAGAAGAAGAAGAAGAAGAAGAGCAAGAAGUGCAAGAAGCUGAAAGGGAAGCUGAAGAAGAAAUGCAAGAAAGACGAGGAGAUGCUCAGCUUCAUCACCAGGAGCAUCACGAUGAGUGGCAAUGAAGCGUGCCAGUAUCACAACCUCGAGGAGUGUUACAAGAAAGUCGGUCUGGUGCAUGGGAACACAUCCUUGUUGAAGUGUCGCUAUAGAGAGGAGUUCCUUGAGUGCAUGGAGGAGCAGCGCGAGGGCGUGUGCGACCCCAACUUCCAGACGGAGGGCGACAUGGUGGCGCUCAGGAACAGAAUUCGGGAUGAGAUCUGGACCACCAACAGCUGCCUCAUUACCGAAGUCGUCGAGGGAUGAAAAGUCGUCGUCGUCAUCCUUGAAAAGUGGUCGUUUAGAGGAGAGGAAAGGAGAGAGAGGAAGGAGGAGGGCAGAGAAGCCAGUGCCUGUCGUUGCGGCUGCCUCGGCCUCGUUUCCGGAGUCGUCGAGGAAUGAACGAUGAAGAGAGAGCAGGGACAGAGCAAGAUAGGAAGAUUAAAAGGAUAGAAGGAGAUAAUAGUGAUAAAGGUUAAUGGGAAAGUCAUCGAGGUAUAAAAGAUAAAGAGAGGGAAUGGACAGAACAUGAGAGAAGGGGCAGCAGAUGAUAAGGGAGAUAAAUCGUCUUCGAUUUAGGGAAGUCGAUUAGAGAGGACCGAAGAAGUGAGAGGAAAGAUAGAAAGAGAGAACAGAAGCAGUAGUGGCUUGCUGGUGUAGGUGACAUAUAGAGUAUAUAUAUAAGAAAAGGAACUUGGAAACAGUUGAAGUUGUGACUGAUUCUAAGGAAGAAGACGACAAGAAAAUGUGUAAUUGGAAUGAACCCUCGCGAGUGCCUAGGUCUCGAUACUUAUAUUUUUCUCCUUAUCUCUUUUCCUGUGAAACAAAAGCUCAAAAAACUAAACUUAAAAUGGAAAUAGUGGAAUCUGAAUCAUGUGUGAAAAAGCAUCAACUGUAAGCCAAGAAACGCGCGGUAGAAUUAUCGUUGUGUCCAAGAGAACGGCUUGUGAUACGUGCAUGUGAUUACUGUAUGUAUUACUGUAUGUAUUCAUGAACAUUUGAAUGACUGUAUGUAUGUGUGUGUGUGUGUGUGUGUGUGUGUGUGUGUGUGUGUGUGUGUGUGUGUGUGUGUGUGUGUGUGCGCGUGUGACUGCAUUUUUGAUCUGCAUUUCAGACAUUUAUCAGUGUCUUCAAGCCACAGCGUUGUUUACAAUAGGUGGAGCGGUAAAUCAAAGGUGUUUGGUUGUCAAAUCACCACUCUUUGUUUUGUAAAUAUAACCGUUAUUGUAAUCCAUAACGUAGAUAUCAAUAUAUAUUUUUUUUUCUCUCAGAUCUUGUUAGGUUACUUUAUCCCAAGUUUAUGGCAACUGCUUUGUUAUUAGGGUGUAGCAUUUGUUUCUUCAUUUUGUAUUUAUCACUUUCAUUAUCAAUUCUUUAUUAUUAUUUAUUGAUUCGUUACCUUCAUCGUGUAAGUAUACUGGUCCUAAAUUUAUGUAUAUUAUUUUGUAGAAUGGAAUAUUAAUGGCCACGGUGAAGUUGCUUUAUACAAAUAUAUGUAUAUGUUUAAGCAUUUAAUGUAGUUAUUUGUAAAACUACACCGUCUGAGGUAUAUUAUUUCAUUAUCAUGAUUUUAUAUUUUGUGAUACAUUUUGAUGCUUUAUUAUUGCUCUCCUCAUAAUUUUUAGCGUCCGUAUUUGUAUUACUGAAAUUAUUUUUAAAAAUUAUUACCACUAAUAUUGGCCCUAUUAAUCUUAUUACAAUUUCGAAUUUAGAUAAUACCAUUUUCAUUAUUAUUUUUAUUACUGCUGGAUCAUCUUCAUCACUUACAUCAUGAUAAUCACUAUCACCACAGUCAAAAGUUAUAAUCACUCUCCAGUAUGCCAUGACGCAAGUGAAAAAAUGUGAUAAUUAGGAACCAAAGAGCACAAGACAACUAGAAAAUAAGCGGCAGUUAAUCAGAACCGAAUUAUAGGACCGUGGCUGUGUGGUUGUUUUCUAUACAGCAUAGUGUAAGGAAAGAAGGGUCUGGAUAAAUCGCCAAUAUAUAUUUAUUCCUUUUCCGUCUUCCAUCUCGUUAUCCUACUUCUCCUCCACCCUACUUACCUCUCUCCUCUUCCUCUUUCUUCUCCUAUCUCCUCCUCCUUCUUUCUCCUCCCUUUCUUUUCCUUCUUCUCCACUUCACCUUUCAUCUCCCUUUCCUCAUCUCCUUGUUACGUUAAUAGCAGUAACAUUUAUUGGGUGCAGUUUGAUUCCAGAUACUUAUUUAUUAAUAGUGGUAGCAGUAGUCGUGGUUAGUAGCUGUAGCAACAGGACGGCUCCUGCUACUGCUACUAUUACUGUUUCUAUAAUCAUCACUGCAUUGAAUUACGAAUCAUUUUUUGCCUUCGUUGUCUUAAAAUUGCUUCGUAUUUAGGACACAUAAAAGGUUAUAAAUGUUCUCAUUUUCUUACUUUCUUGUUUUCUUAAGAUCAUCGAACAAAGGCAGAUAAAUAGUGUAGCAAUUAAUCUUUAUAAAGAAAUUUAAACAACACAUAUGUAGGGAUUGGAAGAAUUAUAGACUGUGAAAAAGUAACUGAGGUAUGUUUUCAUAUUUAAACCCGUGUGGUGUGAUGAAGGAAAUGGUGCCAGAACAAUUACUGAUUGGAGUGUCUCUCUACAAUCAAAAAUAAUAAUUUCAGGCUCAUGGUGGCGUGGCAUACUGGUAUAUAGCAACUCACGCGUCAAAGUCAUCUUGCUGUAUUUCCAAAAACUUCCUUAUAAUUUUUUCCUUUUUCUUUUAAAAUUCAUGUGUUGCUCAGUAUCUGGUUUUGUAAAACACACGAGAAUCUUUUUGUGAAGUAUAAUAUAGCUUGCUUCGAGAUCAUACAAGACUAGCCUUCCA